AUGUCGCCACCGAUCGACAUUCUGCAAUUCGACGUAUGGGAGUCGCUCGACGAAGAGUCCAUGAACCUGUCGCAGACAUCGGAGUUCUGGACCCAAGUCGAAUAUGAGGCGGACAGACUGGACUCCCCGAACUACAACCUGCUGCAAGAUAGUGACGAAGAUUGGCGGGUAGCGGAGACACCCGAAGAACACAAGGACAACAUAGUGCACCAUGAUUGUAUGUGGGCCGGGUCUUGUACUGACGGCUCGGGGUUGCCGAACACUUUCGUCCCCACUGAUAUGAUGACCGCUGCGCCUGGACAGAGCGUGCUGCGACGGGAUAUGUACCCUCCGCGGCCGGAGACCCCGACUUCACUCAACGGGGAUGAUGAGCCCCCUCAGUUCCUGCACACUGUGGACGUAGCCGGAACAGCUCUUCGGCUCGUGAGAGACUCAGCUGCGGUGGCAGCGGACCACUCCUACACCCUGAUACGCCAGCAUGUUGACUACUUGGGCGUGCAGACGCCGUCUGACUCUGGAGAAUCAGAAGAAGAAAUCGACGUAGUAUCUCUCGGGACUACAACUACCCUACCCCUGGCUUCGACUUCGCAGACCCGAGGGGACUGUUACUCGCGAGGAUCUUCCGCCCCGGAGAGGUAUAUUCAGCCCUCGGUGGAGGUCAACGUGACGCCGAGGCCCGUGGCCAGGAAGCGCUUGACGCCGCCGACGAGCGUCACAUCUGCCGCGCCCAGACGGCGGAGAGGUCCCGGGAGACGCGGUCGCUCCACUACCGACACGGACUCGGAGGCCGAGGCGCCCGAGAUUGAGCGGCGCGUCAUACACAACGAUAUGGAACGCCAGCGGCGAAUCGGUCUCAAAAAUCUCUUCGACGAACUCAAGAAGCAAAUUCCCGCGACCAGGGACAAAGAGCGCGCCCCGAAAGUGGUGAUACUGCGCGAGGCGGCCGCCCUGUGCCGCAAGCUCAGGACCGACGACCUCGAGCGCGAAUACCUCAAGAAGCAGCAGAACAAGCUCAUCACCAAACUGAAGAAGCUCCGGACGAUGUUGUCGGCGCGCUAUCGGCCCUACUGA